AUGAUUCCGUACAUUUCUUUUCUAGCUAGGAGAAAAACCAAAAGACAAUCGUCAACAUCAUCCGUUUGUCAAAUUCAUCUAAAUGCUAAUUGGAAUCAAACGGGUGAACUUCUUAUUGAAAGCACGACAUCGAUAUUCACAUUUAAUUAUCCGAUGUUGCCCUGUGUAGGUAAUGGAAUUUUAAGUGAACUAUGUCAACCAUCAGAUUUAUUUUUGGAUAAAAAUAAUGAUGUGUACAUUGUAAAUACGGGACAUGAUACAAUUGAAAAAUUAAUUAUUGCAAAUAAAACAACCGAAACUAUUGUUGACGGUAGUCAAGGAUUAAAUAAGCCAUCAAGUUUAUUUAUUGAUAAUAAGUUGGAUGAUAUGUAUAUACUUGACUAUGUCGAUGUAGCCGAACAAUGUUACGUGUGUCCUCCUGGAAGAACAGAAUAUGUACGAUACAAAUAUCGCGUGAAAUACUUGCCACGAAACUCAUCGAUCGUGACAGUAAUUAUUAAGGGAACAGAUAAGGUUUUCAGUCCUACAUUGGCUAUGUAUUUAGAUAAAGAUUUAAAUAUCUACAUAUCGAACUAUGAAAGUUCUAAAGUUAAAAAAUGGUUCGCACCGAAUUACACAUAUACUAUAACGGUUGCAGCAGCAACGGAUGAAGACUCUAUGAAUCCAUCAGGAAUUGUUGUAGAUCAGAAUUAUAAUCUAUAUAUAAUUGAUAUUCUCAAUGAUCGUAUAGUGAAAUGGUUAUUCCAAGCAGCAACUGGUCUGACAAUUGUUUCGAAUAUAUCAUCUGAAAGUAUAACGCUAGACUGUCAUGGAAAUAUUUAUUUUGCUUUAUUAGAUGGAGAUGGAAUAUAUCGAUUUAAUAUAUCAGAU